AUGAGCAUUGAGACAGAAAAAAAGAAUCAGUCGGUACAGGUUGACAUAGAAGAAGUGAAAUCUCAAGCACAAGCUUUGGUUGUGCAAAAUAAAGAUGGAGAAGAAAUUAAGCGUGCCCAAAUUGUAGAUCAACCAACGACUACAAAAUGGGAAGUUUUGAUGUACGCACUCUACUACUUUGGAAAUAAUGCUACUGGUCCUUAUACUUUUACUCCAACUCAGUAUCAGAAUUUAUUGAGUCAAUCUGGUUGGAUCAAAGGGAAGCGAAACGUUUCAUGCUCGGAUGAUCCAAAUGGGCUUUGUGUGGUAUCUUUUGCCGGUACGGUCAAGACAGUCAAUUCAGUGGUAUUGAUUAAUCUGGGAAUUGGGUUUGCGUUACAGUCGGUAGUUUUCUUGUUUCUUGGAGGUUUGUCUGAUUAUGGUCAAUAUGGUUCAUGGGUACUCAUUGGCCUUUCAAUUAUGAGUUGGGGAGUUCAAUUUGGUUUCUUAGGUGUGCAUGACGGAAGGAAACAUGAAGCAGCGUUUGCAUUGAGUGUGUUAUCGUCAUUGGGGUAUCAAGGUUGUCAAUCAUUUUGGACUGCAAUGUUUCCACGUUUGGCAAGAAAUUUGCCCAAGACAAGAGCCGCCGAAGAAAAAAUGCUCAACGGUGAAAUCCUGGAAUCUGAAUAUCACAAGGUGGACUCAUACUAUCGUAACAAAAUCACCAAUUACAGUUUUGCUUUUUCAAUGUUUGGUUUCACACUCGUAUGUGCCAUUUCAAUUGGAAUAUUAAAGUCAAUGGAUUCUACUGCCAAUCAAGCAAAUAAUAAUUGGGCAAUGUCUGUGUGUAUUAUGUUUGCAACUAUUUGGUGGAUUGUAUUUGGUACUCCCUGGUUUUUCACUGAAAAGAAAAGAAUUAAUGAAAAAUUACCCGAAGGUGUGAGCUACUUGAGCUUGCCUUUGAAACAAUUGGGAUAUGCGUUUAAGAGCUUCCUGAAGUUGAGGCAAACUGCUCUAUAUUUGUUCUCCUACUGGUUAUUAGGUGACGGUUUGAACACUGCUAUAAGUCUUCAAUCGACUAUUCAAAACGAAGUCAUUUCUUAUAAUAUGGUCACUUCCAUGUACUUGAACAUUGUUAACGGUGUUACCAGUGUGAUAGGGGUGGUAAUGUUUUGGUGGAUCCAGAAAACGUUCAAAAUUUCUACAAGAAACAUGUACAUUGUGUGCUCUGUUUUCAUCACCUUGUUCCCAAUUUAUGGAUUGAUUGGAAUGUGGACAAACAGAAUUGGUUUCCACAAUAUUUGGGAAGAAUGGUUCUAUAACGCUUAUUCUGGGAUAUUCAUUGCUCCUUAUUAUGCAUACUCAUCAACAAUGAUGAGUGAAGUUUGUCCAAGAGGAAAGGAAUUCGUGUUUUUUGCUAUUUUCAGCACCAUUAACAAAACCUCCAGCUUUAUUGGUCCUUUUGUUUCUUCCGCCAUCAUUGAUGACACAGGAAACAAUAAUAGUGGCUUUUCAUUCCUUGUGGGAAUAUGCUGUGUGUCAUUGGCAUCUUCAUUUUUCUUGAAUCAAGACAAAGCGAGAGUCCAAGCUGAAGAAUUCUUGAUUGAAGAGAAAAGACGGAUAGCAAACGGCGAAUCGCUCAUCUUCUGA